CCACGAGAUAAGCACCACACCCAGAGCAAUCCCAUGAAUCUCUUCCUUCGGUCAUGUCGCUGCAUCAGACGAGCUGCCACCCACGCGUCCUAGGGGUCGUCGUACCUCCAUGGGCAGAUCAAUCAAUCGGCCCAUGUCGUCUUUGAUAUGCCUCUUCCGACGUCCAGUCCAAGAUAGUCUGACGAGAUUCCAAUGUUUUUAUAUUCCUCUUGCUGUUACGUCUGCAUCUCUGUUUCAGCCUCAGCUCUUACUGUUUGUUAAUACCCCGCAGCUUUUGGAUGGAAACUACCACCGGCCACUGCACCAUGGAACCACCACAAUACGAUGGGAAGUUGCCGGAAGAGACGAAAUCUGAUGAUGGGAAAGAGAACCACGACAACGAAGAUAUGCAAACCACUGUUGAGACAGACAUGACGGUCGUCCUAAAGGACGGCUUGAAACUGCAUCCUCAGCCUACCAGCGACCCCAUGGAUCCUCUGAACUGGUCCAGAGCAAGGAAAAACACAAUCCUGACGAUCGUGAUGGCACUCUACUUCAUGUUCACCUACAUCACUACCACAACAGUACCGUCGUUCUCCUUGAUUCAAGAACAAUACGGCAUAUCCAUAGGCGAGGUGAACUGGACAGUGGCUAUCCCCGCUUUAGGCUUGUCGGUGGGGCCAUUAAUAUGGUCCUCUUUGGCAGAUGUCUACGGCCGGCGCAUCGUCUUCAUAAUCGGUACAGUCAUAGCGCUGGCAUCAACCAUUGGUGCCGCAAAAGCACCCAACUACGGCGGUUAUAUGGCCGCCCGGUUCUUCCAGGGCCUUGGUGUCGCUCCAGCAUCGACCGUGGGACUUGCUAUCAUUAACGAUAUCUAUUUUGAAUACCAGAGAGGACUCAGGAUCGGUUUGUGGGUGCUGGCCAUCGAUAUGGGCCUGCUGUUUGGUCCACUGAUUGGUGGCUUUAUGAACAUUGUGAACCAGUAUUGGGUAAACUGGUUGACUGCGAUUCUCUUCGCAGUGAUCCUCUUCGCUGAGAUUGCGUUCCUUCCGGAAACACUAUAUCCUCGUGGGCAGAUGCUGGCACGCAUGCCGUAUGCUGGAAAUGCUUCAAGUUCCGUCCUGGAUAUCGAGAAGACGCAAUUGCCGCCUAGCAAUGCAACAGAAGUUAGUUUAAGACGUACGAUGAAGCUUCCUUUUUUGAAUAUCCUUCCGGUACCAGGAAUGCGGCAUCCGAAGCCGUGGGAUUCUUUCUUUCGUUUCCUCAUCACAUUCAAAUACCCUGCCGUUUCUCUUUCCGUCAUCGCCUACAGUGUAGGAUGGUACUGGUGGAUAUUAUCCGUGAUCACCUAUAUUCCAACUGCUUAUGUGCAGUACGAGCCACAGAUUCAAGGACUCCUUUUUAUCGGACUAAUCCUUGGGACGAUGUUCGCUGAAGUCUUCUGCUCCGGAAGCCUAAGCGACUGGCUUGUAACAAAAUUGACCAAAAAGAAUGGCAGCGUUAAGGUGGCAGAGAUGAGACUUUGGCUCAUCUAUCCGGCUUGUUUUAUGACUGCUAUUGGUCUGAUAGUUUGGGGCAUAAGUAUCGACCAACACUGUCAUUGGAUUGUAGGCCAAAUUGCCUUCUUUCUUAUUGCCGCUGGGAUCCAGAUGGGAAACACAGUCAUUGCUGCUUAUGUCGUGGACUGCUACCCGCUGCAGUCUAUGAGCAUGAUAACCUUCUACGCGGUGAUCCUGAACUUAAGCGCUUUCAUCAAUCCGUUUUUCAUCAAUCCCUGGGUGGAAGCCAGUGGCUGCACCUGGACUUUCGCUGUCCAAGGCAUCAUCACCUUUUUCUUCAGCGUUUCUGCAUUGGGCCUACUUCAGUAUUUUGGCCCUACCUUACGGGCCAAGACGGGUCAUCCAAGCUGGGUUAAUCCAGAAUAUGAUGCCGCAUGAUAGUUGAAAGCAGGCGUAUAUUGCUUUAAUGGUAUCAGAUUCUGGCAAUCGAAUCCACAUGUUCAUGGAUAUAAAGUAUCUCCAGGGCUCUGAUUGCUUGAAUGUUAGUGGUUGGCCGAGGAGGUUGCGACUCGCGAGGCUUGCGUUGAAGCUCAGGGUACUCCAGUGGACGACGUCCAUUUAAGAGUUUCCCACGGGUCGUAGCCGUUACCUUUUACGAAAUCAUAAUUGGCGUGCGGUGGAACGUGUUUGUCAUGGAAUCCUAAAACCCCAGACUUGGCACAGCUGCCUAUUAGGUAACUGAAUGGCAGGAUCGUCGGAUGCGGUGCAUAACUCGUGAUCCACUUGGAGAGCAGACCUUGUGAAGAAGUUAUUGAAGGAAUAU